AUGCAGCAGGCGAUCCCGUACGGCGGCGGGCGGAGGGGGCGGCUCCCCGCCGCCGCCAUUGCUGGCGUGGGCGGCGGCCUCGGCACGUCCUCCUCCUCCUUCCUGGACGGGUCAUCGCCGUUUUCCGGGCCGAGCACGGCCACCGCCAGCACCAGCAGCAGCGGCAGCGUCGGCAGCUGCGGCAUGAGCGCCGGCGGCGCCGUGGGGGGGAUCAGGAGCCUCGUCGCAGAGAACCCGGUGCUGAUCCUCAGCCGCGGUGGCUGCUGCAUGUGCCAUGUGGUGAAGCGCCUGCUGCUGGGGCUGGGAGUGAACCCGGUGGUGUGCGAGCUGGACGAGGACCGGGAGGAGGCGGCCAUCAUGGAGGAGCUGACCGGGGCGCCGCGGUCGGCGGAGCGCCACCAGUGGCUGGCGCCGGCGCCGCCGCAGCUCCCGGCGGUGUUCAUCGGCGGCAGAUUCGUGGGCGGGCUCGAUCGGCUCAUGGCCGCUCAUAUCUCCGGAGAUCUCGUCCCCAUCCUCAAGGACGCUGGCGCCCUGUGGCUUUGA